AUGCCAUUUCUGUCCAAGACCAAAGUAAAUUUGCGCAUCGCCUCGUCUCAAACAAGAGCUCUUCGGACCUUUUUCUUCUUCUUUCUCGGUAUUGCUUUCUUUCUUUCUUUCUUUCUUUUACAGACUCUCUCACUCUCAGUAUUUGUUUCUUUCGUUGACGCUCUCUUUCUCUCAAGUAUUGCUUCUUCGUUCGCCCUCUCUCUAUCAAUAUUUACUAUUUGUCUCUCUCUCUCCCUCUCUCGUUGCAUCUUUCUCUCUUUCACUGUCGUUGCAUCUUUCUCUCUUUCGCUCUUGUUGCAUCUUUCUCUCUUUCGUUCUCGUUGCAUCUGUCUCUCUUUCUUUCUCAUUGUCUCAUUCCUUCUUUCUUUCUUUCUUUCUUUCUUGUUCGUUGUCUCCUUACUUCUUUCUUUCUUUUUUCUGAUUGCUUCUUUUUCUUUCUUAUUUCAUUUUUUUUCUUUCUUUCUCAUUGCGAUUUAUUUAUCGACCUCCAGGAAUCAAUAG